UUCGUUUUUGAUACGGCCCCCUUGACAUCGGGUAGGAAGGCGUCACUCCGCUUGCCGGCAGUCAGUGGGACCCGCAGCCGAUCACACCGAACUUAUCGUCAGGGGAACUAUUAGGUUGGAACAAUGUCGAAAAAGGAACGGGUCCAACCUGGCCAUUGGCACGUGUCUGAAACUCCGGAGGGAAGGCUUGAAGACUGGUUAACGGCAUGGGACAAGGGCCAGUGGGACUUCACCUACAUGGAGCCCGGCCCGAAUCUUGCGAAAUACUUUGAGAAAGUUACCGAGGGACGGAAAGGUCUGAAAAUCCUUGUCCCCCUCUGUGCCACGACCUAUGACCUCAUCUGGUUAUGUGAGCAAGGUCACUCCGUGGUUGGCGCUGAUCUGGCCGAGAGCGCCGCACAGCGGAUCUUCAAACAGUACAGGCAGGAACCAAUCAUUGAAGACGUCCCCAGUAUCGCCGGGAAACUUUACAAGAAUGAUUCUGGUACCUUCAAAUAUUACGUUGGAAAUUUCUUACGCUUCAGCGAGGAUUUGGAAGGAACGUUCGACUUCAUCUGGGACUCGAAGGCUAUGUGCGCUGUUGACGUUCGAGACAGACCCGACUACUUGAAAGUCAUCCGACGGGUGAUGGGACCAAAGUGUACCAUGAUGCUGGAGUUUCCUAAGAAAAUCUACCCAGGAGCACCCUAUCAUUUCACCGAGGAACAGUUAAACGAGUUUUACGGCGACAUCUGCGAUGUGGAAUACCAAGACGAAUCCGACUUCGACCCUACCAUAGCCUACCACGGGGAUGUGGACGACGAAGGACAACCACUGAAGGCGGAAGAGGGGAAGGAAGAGGCCACCCAGUCUAAGGAAGCGGAGUCCAAAAAGGAAAACACUGUGAUUGUUCUACAAAAUUAUUUUUUGAAGAAGAGGGAGUAAUGUAUGUCUUCUCCUGACUGUGGCCUGUAAGCAACUCCCACAGAGCUCACGAGCCAGGGUGCAGUCAAUUCUGUAGACAUGGGGAUACUGAGUCUGACUUCGUACUUAGAGCACAUUAGAAGCAGAUGAAUAUAUUUGAUAUGCUUAUAUCUCAGUGGAUAAGGCUGUGGUCAACUGGUAGUCUUUGUUUCAAUGAAGUCUUUGUGUAGGGGAAGUCCGAGUAACUCUCCAUUCGUUAAAAAUAAUGGAGCAGAUGCCCCCCUACUUUUACACAUUGACAAAAUAUUCUCUUGUGAAAAAUAUUUGAAAAAUAAACCAGAACUCUUUGUAGACUGUAUUUAUACUGUGUGAGUCGCCCUUGCCUGAUGCCAUUCGUGACCAACUCGUGUUAUUCCGGGACAAGCCGAAUAGUGACUCGUGCCCCUCUCGUGGCCAUUUUUGCAACCGGGUUCCGUCUUUGCGCAAACGGGCAUACCUAAAACAAUUGUCAACUCGUUGUGUAAUGGUUCACACAUAUUUCCCCGUAUUAUAUAUAUAUAUUAGAUACAAUUUAAAGCAGAUCUGGACAUGGUGACUUAUACAGUAUGUUUGAACACAUUUAACUGUGUCUUGGGUAUAUUUUUAGAUGCAAGACACAUGUUAAUUCAAAUAUUAUUUCUGAGGGAUUCUUUGACGAAGAACUUGAAAUCAUACGCGCAUUCUGAUUGGUUUGUCGUAUUUUCGCACAUAACAUUCAUCGAUAGGGGGACGAGUCUUCUUGCAGGUUACGGAAAGGGGCGAGAGGUGACGAAUGGCCUGAUGCACGAGGAAUACGUUCUUUGCCGCUGUUGCACCAUACCUUUGUGUGCCGCCGUAGCUGACGUUGACAACUACACGUUCUCAAAUCAAACAAUGCGGGUUCCAACCCCGCUAGAGACAAUAUUUUCGAGAAAAAAAAAUAUGAAAUUAUUCACUUGUCAAUAAAUGUAAAACUUAAUUCCGUCUAUUCCAAGUGGAAAUUAUUUCAAAUGUUGGUUCAAGAUAUUAUAUAAUUCAAUUCCUGAAAAAUAAUGGAGCGUUCAAAAAUUAGAAUGACAUCACGUGUGUGUUUUAAGGUCAAUUGAAGUCACCCCACCCGGCUGUGUUUGUCUGUAUCGUAAUCUAUUACGGUAUAUAUCAAUCUAACCUUUAGUGAAUAACCUGAUAAGUAGCACACAAUGUCACAGUUUCAUAUACGGUACUCAGUGCUUAGUUUAUACGCAGAUUGACCAUGGGCAACAGAUUAUCGAGAUGGGAUCAUACCUGUUCGUUGUGACUAAUUCUUGUCUUAACAGCUUGUAACUGUAUGUACGCAGUCGUAGUAUCGCUUUUCUGGCUAGAUGUAUACAGAACAGAACAUAUAAAAUCAAAAUAUUUUAUUUUAGAAACAAUUAUCAAGUUGUUGUACAAAACAUGUACAUGUAUAGUUAAAUAUAACAUUACACAUGAA